AUGGCCGCAGAAGCCGAGGAGGCUAACAAGGCACUCCACCGCCAGCUUGCAGACCUUCAAUCUGCCGCUUCGGAGCAAGCAAAUACUCUGCGCAAGGAGGCUCAAAAUGCGAAGAAGGCCGCCUCGUCUAUCAAGAAAAAGCUUGCAACCCUCACCGCCACGCUUGCCAUCAAGACGCAGGCGCUGUCCGAGACAGAGGCUAUCGCCACAAACAACUCGUGGGCCAUCGCCUCCCUCGAGGUCCUUGUCGAAGAGAAAGACAUCGAGCUCACCAAGGCCUUGAAGCUUUCAGAAUCGGAGAAAUCUCGCGCCUCCAAUCUGCACUACGACUACGUCCGGCUGGAACGCAAGAUCCAGUUGCUGGCCACCGACAUGGCCAAGUCCGAAAUUGCGCUGGAGGAAACCACCUCCAAACUGCAGUCUGCUGAGCGACAGGCUGGCCCCGUGCGCAACGUAUUGCUCAGCGCUCAAGCGGCCCUCAACUUCAAUCAAGACACGUAUGCAAGAGUUCUCAACGCAAAGGAGAAGGAACUAGCACAGGCCGCCGCCAACGCGCUGGCGCUCGACAACACCACUCGACUAUCCAUCUCCGACAACGUCCACUUCGGAGCAGAUGGUAGCGAAAUCGGCAGCGACCGUACGCCUGGCGGCCACAGCCUCUCCCCGUGCUCCUCGAGCGGAGUUGGCAGCAUCGACAUCACGCCGCCCAAGACGCCGGAAAGGAAAUCAUCUCAACGAGUCUCGUCGUCGAGAGGCACUCGCAAGCCGAAAACAACCACCACACCUGCCCGCGCCCUGGCCACCAAAUUCAACUCCCGCAAGCUCUUGCCCGAUCGUUCCCGCAAACAACCGGGCCCACUCUCGUCCCCUACUACUGCACAAUCCCAGCGUGGCAGUCACGAAGAACCGACAGCCUCCUCUCCGAAGCACAAGUGGGAUGGUAAGCGCAGCCGGACGUCUCUGCGCCCCAUUGCGCCGAUGGAAGACUCCUUCCGCUCCAUGCAAGGGCUUCUCUCCAGAAAGGAACAUGUCGAAUCCUCAGAGGAAACUGCCCUAGAUCAACAGCCCUCUGGAUUCUCGAAGCGGUCUUUGUCACAAGAUGUACGCAGCGGGAAGCAACAGGACAGUUCCCUUGAUACCUCGCCCCAGAGUCAGUCGAUGAACUUGAAGGGUUUGCUUCGGAAAAAGUCCAAGGCGCCGACCACGACCGAGGUGGCGCUCCCGAGAGGAAAUAGAGCCGGUAGAAAGGCUCGUACUCUGAAAAGAUUCACGAAUGCCGUUAGCUCAAAUAUCAAACUCAACAAGUAA